UGAUGCUGCCAGGUUGAGCAUCCAAACAGCAGCAGACUGUCAGGCUGAACGUGAGGGAAAGACUCGGGACUGAAGACUAGAGUGAACUGUUGAAUCAGCUGAGUUUGAAACACCUCAGAGGACUUCGAAGGAAAGAUGACUCUCGCCGCGUACAGAGAAAAGAUGAAGGAGCUCCCUCUAGUGUCUCUCUUCUGCUCCUGCAUCCUCCCAGAGCCCAGAGAAAAGCCCACCAAGAAAACACAAGAUGUUGUAGACCUCAACCUGGGAAUUAUCAAAGACAUGGAGGUGAUUGAGCUAAACAAGCGCUCAUCAGGCCAGGCCUUUGAGGUCAUUCUCAGACCUCCAUCUUUUGACGGUCAGAGGGAGUUUCACCCCACAUUCCCACCUCGCCGGGACCCUUCACUGGAGGAGAUUCAGAAGAAGCUGGACGCCGCUGAGGAGAGAAGAAAGUGUCAGGAAGCUGAACUUCUAAAGCACUUGGCUGAAAAGAGAGAGCAUGAGCGAGAGGUGGCCCAGAAAGCCUUGGAGGAACACAACAACUUCAUGAAGAUGGCCAAAGAAAAGCUGGAGCACAGAAUGGAGAUCAACAAGGAGAACAGGGAGGCUCACAUCGCCGCCAUGCUGGAGCGUCUUCAGGAGAAGGACAAGCAUGCUGAGGAGGUGCCUUGAGAUCUUCUCAGAACGCACGCUGAUCAUACUGAAGACCAUUCACCAAAGGACUGACUAUCACAUGCUGAGCUUUUUAGCUUGGAUCAUAAGAGAUCAUGACUCUGAAAGCAGAUUAUGAUAUGGUUAUAUCAUUGUACGGUACGAUGGCCAUGUUGUCGGAUGAGCAGAACUGGCCGGCCAGCAAAGAUUGUGAAAUCUUUUCUACCUUAAUCUGAGAAAUGCAGAGAUGUGUUUGGCUCUGCGUUGAGCUUGUAUGCCAAUAGUGCCAAAAAAAAAAAAAGAGUGUGUGAGAUGAUUUCGUGUGUUUGGACGGUUUCAUGUACUUUGCCCAUGUGGAUGCAGUCGGUUUGUCUUCUGUCCUGUCUUUAAGGCUCUAUUUUUGGUAAAAAUGCUCAAGCUUUUGCCGCUGUACAUACAUUCACUUGCCUCAUGAUCAGCUGGUGUCUGAUUUGGCUCUAUAAUUCUGUACAGAAAUUGUAAUAUAUAUAUAUAUCUAUAUAUAUAUUUUAGAGGCAGAGGGAAUUAAAGCACUGCUGGUA